AUGGCCUACAUUUUAAAGCAGGAUACAGAUGAGUUUAUCUUGCCCACAGGAGCCAACAAAACUAGAGGCAGAUUUGAGCUGGCUUUUUUUACCAUUGGAGGAUGUUGUAUGACAGGGGCAGCAUUUGGUGCUCUGAAUGGUUUGCGACUUGGCUUGAAGGAGACACAGAAUAUGGCGUGGUCAAAACCUAGAAAUGUACAAAUUCUAAAUAUGGUGACAAGGCAAGGAGCGCUAUGGGCUAACACUCUGGGAUCUCUGGCUCUACUUUACAGUGCAUUCGGAGUCAUCAUUGAAAAAACACGAGGUGCAGAAGAUGACCUGAACACCAUAGCUGCUGGAACCUUGACAGGAAUGCUAUACAAAAGCACUGGUGGUGUGCGUGGGAUAGCACGAGGUGGUGUCGCAGGGCUGACGCUGACUGGCCUCUACGCUCUCUAUAACAACUGGGAGCACCUAAAGGGCUCCCUGGCCCGGCAGUCCCUGUGAGCAGGGCAGCCCCUGAGCAGGGCAGCCCCCCGGGGACGCAGGACACACUUGACCAUCACGGAGCAGAGCAGCUGCGAGAUCUGCCCGGCGCCCCUCCCUAUUUUAUUUACAAUUAGUGUGAAACCGAAGAAGCUACGCUGGGAGGAACCUCUUGACACCAUGUAGCUGGACUGGCCCUUUCCUUCCCACCAGCCAGUUGCUGGAGAGGCAGCAAUAUUUGUCGGACCUGCAAGUGAAUAAAGUGGCCACCGAGAUAGCACCUCCCUGACACGCUCAGCAGGUAGCCCUGGGCCAGAGCUACGAGGCUGCUGGUGUUCCACAGCUGCACCCGCAGGCUACCAGGUUACCAGGUAAUAAAGUCUGUGACCGCAGAGCUCCUCGGUGCAGGCUGCCAGCGUGCAGCCCCUGCCCGGAGGAGCAAGGGCCCAGGGCAGGGUGGGUUGUCCUGACAGAAGGGGGUGAGCUGUGCAGAGGGACAUGGUCAUCAAUAAAGAGGGUGGUACUGACAGUCUUUCUGUGCUUUGCUGUUCCUACUGCUGCUAAGACAAAAAUGUGCUGCAUCCAGGGACUUACACAGUUUUGUUUUGAAGGACCCGUGUGACAGAAUCCUGUGGGAGUUAGUGGGUGGGGGGAAGUGAACCAGCAGGCUGAUUGUCUCCUGAUGGGAGGUGAUGGUGAGUACCAGGGCUCAGCUCCACUCCCUUAUUUGCUCUAAUAAAUAAGGAACUGGUUGUUUCUGGAGGAGGUACAAUUGCUGUUGCAGAACAGCUGCCACUGGAUUAUCAAAACACUUGGGUGCUCCAGGAUCUCAGAACUUUUUUUGGCCAACAGUUAGAAACCAAACAAUAUCAAUAAUCCUCUCAUUACUUAUUACAAGGGUUUUAAUCAGUGACAAGCUUUCUUCCCCAAGUAACAUUUUUAAAUUAUUGGCAGAAUGAAGAGAUGGGAUGAACCUACACUGUCUCCAGUGUUAAACCAAGUACCAAGCAUUGUUUGCAGAUAAAUAAAACAGGAAGUUGGGAAUUAGUUCAGUAAUUGCAUAACAGCUCAUUCCUUUAGUUUUUAAAUAGUCUGUGAACAAUUACGCAGGUUUGAGACAGUGCAAAGGCAGGGCAAGGGAUAAACAAGAAACUUCAGAGUAGAUAACAAUACAAAACAAGAGUUUGCUUUACUUGAAUUCUUCCCACUGAGACAGCUCAUAACUAUGUUGCACUCAAGAAAACAGA